CCUGAACUUGAAAGGGGUGACAUUCUAAGGAGAAGACUCAAAGUUAACGAAAUCCUUUGGAAAAGCUACAAUGAAGAACAGCUUCCAGAUACAUCUUCUGAGGAGUAUCCCAUAGAUCCCUUUCCUGAAGCACUUAAAAAUGGCCUCCUGCAUCCCUCUGAUGAGUUCUCCUCCGAGAAAAAUAGACAGACAUUUGAUGAAAGCAAUCAAGAGAUCCAGUAA